CAGGCCCUUGGCGCACACCCCUCGGCGCUGAGCCGACCUGCGUGACGCGGGAACCUCCGCUGGUCCCCUGGGAAGCUCCAUGGCCUUUUCGGAACUGCUGGACCAGGUGGGAAGCCUGGGCCGGUUCCAGGGUCUCCAGACCGUGGCCUUGGUGGUGCCCAUCAUGUGGCUCACCACUCACACCCUGUUGGAGAACUUCUCGGGCGCCGUGCCCGGCCACCGCUGCUGGGCGCCGCUCCUGGACAACAGCACCGCCCAGGCCGGUGCCCCCGCGGCCCUCACACCCGAGGCCCUCCUGGUCAUCUCCAUCCCACCGGGCCCCAACCACGGGCCCCACCAGUGUCGCCGCUUCCGCCAGCCUCAGUGGCAGCUCCUGGACCCCAACGCCACGGCCGCCCACUGGAGCGAGGCAGCCACGGAGCCUUGCGUGGACGGCUGGGUCUACGACCUCAGCACCUUCAGCUCCACCAUCGUGGCCGAGUGGGACCUGGUGUGUGACUCCCAGGCCCUGAAGCCCAUGGCCCAGUCCAUCUUCCUGGCUGGGAUCCUGGUGGGAGCUGCCACCUUUGGCAGAGUCUCUGACAGGUUUGGGUGCAGGCUGGCGCUGACCUGGAGCUACCUGCACAUGGCCGUGUGGGGCACGGCGACGGCCUUUGCCCCCACCUUCCCUGUGUACUGCCUGUUCCGCUUCCUGCUGGCCGUGGCCUCUGCGGGCGUUAUGAUGAACACGGCCAUUCUGCUGAUGGAGUGGACGUCUGAGCAAGCCCGGACCUUGGCGAUGACCUUCAACAGCCUGGGCUACAGCUUCGGCAUGGUGCUGCUGGCCGGGGUGGCCUACGGCCUGCGCGACUGGAUGGUGCUGCAGCUGGCCGUGUCUGUCCCCUUCUUCCUCUUCUUUGGGUACUCCUGGUGGCUGGCAGAGUCAGCUCGAUGGCUCCUCAUCACAGGCAGGCUGGAGAAGGGCUUGCGGGAGCUGCGGAGGGUGGCGGCCAUCAACGGGAAGAGGGAGGCGCAGGACACACUGACCAAGGAGGUCGUGCUCUCAGCACUGCAGGAGGAGCUCCCUGUGAGCCAGGCUCCCACCAGCCUGGGCACCCUGCUCCGCAGGCCCGGACUGCGCCUCCGCACCUAUGCCUCCACUCUGUGCUGGUUUGCCUUUGGCUUCACCUUCUUUGGCCUGGCCUUGGACCUGCAGGCCCUGGACAGCAACAUCUUCCUGUUCCAGGUCCUCCUCGGUGUCCUUGACAUUCCAGCCAAGAUAGCCUUCCUGAUGCUGCUGAGGUGUGUGGGCCGCCGCCCCAUGCAGGCAGCAUCCCUGGUGCUGGCGGGGCUCUGCAUCCUGGCCAACGUGCUGGUGCCCCUCGAGAUGAGGUACCUGCGCUCAAGCCUAGCCAUGCUGGGGCUUCAGUGUAUAGGCGUCACCUUCACCUGCAUCAACAUCUACACUGGGGAGCUCUUCCCCACUGUGCUCAGGAUGACCGCAGUGGGCCUGGGCCAGGUCGCAGCCCGCCUGGGAGCCAUGCUGGGGCCGCUGGUGCAGCUGCUGGGCACACACCAUCCCGCGCUGCCCCUGCUGGUGUACGGGACUGUGCUGGUGCUGAGUGGCCUGACCUCGCUGCUGCUGCCCGAGACCCGGAACCUGCCACUGCCCGACACCAUCCAAGACGUGCAGAACCAGGCAGCGAAGAAGGCAGCACCCCGUACCCGGGAGCAUCCUGUCGUGAAAUCCACACAGUUUUAGUCUUCCCUCGAGAAGAACCUUCUGUCCUCUGCAGAAAGCAGGCGAGGCCCCGCCCGAGGGUAGAAUGAAACCCGUACCUACCGCCGGGGCCACAUGCCUGUCUCCGACCCCGUCAACCUGGGAGCCCCCCGAGGGUCGGGAUGUCCCCAGCUGCCACACAGGGCCGGCGGCAGAUCAUCAGUGGGAGGGAGGGAAGACAGUGAAUAAAGGAACAAAGGACUGGC